UUUGAGAACAUGACGACUAUCAGACAUGGUCUCCUCAGCUUGUUGGUGUUUACACUCUGGAUAAAAGGUCUAACUGAUGGAAGUGAUGUCUAUCAGACCCCCAUCCUGUGGAAAGAUAAGGGUGAUGCUGCAAUCAUGCAAUGUAACCACACUAAAGGUGCAACAUAUUUCCAGAUGUACUGGUUCAGACAACUGCCAGGAAAAAUGAUGGAAUUAAUCGUGUUCACAACUACAGCCAAACAGGAUAAUGACUUUGGAGAUUUCAGCAAAGACAAAUAUUCAGCCACAAAGUCUGAACCUGAGAGAGGAACGUUCACGGUGAAGAACCUGCAGCCAGAAGAUAAAGGCUUGUACUUCUGUGCUGUGAGUGAACACAGUGAUGCAGCGUACUUCGGCCAAGGAACCAAACUGACAGUUUUAGAGGGCGACCCAAAGGAACCAACCGUGCAAGUUCUUGGACCUUCAAAAAAGGAGUGCCGGAGCGACUGGGACCUGCAGAAGAAGAAGACCUUGACCUGCGUGGCCUCCGACUUCUACCCCGACCACGUCAGCGUGUCCUGGCAGCUCAACGGCGUCAGCAUCACCGUCGGCGUGGCGACGGACAGCGACGCCACCAAGAGCAAGACGUCCACGUCCUACAGGAUCAGCAGCCGGCUGCAGGUCUCUGCUGAGGACUGGUACGACCCCAACAAUCUCUUCAACUGCACCGUCAGCUUCUACAAUGGAACAGAGACCAGCUACCACCAUGCCAACAUCACAGGUGAGGAGGACGAUCACCUGACCAGAAAGGAAUAUCUGACGGUCACCGGGAACGCCAAGCUGUCCUACACAGUUCUGAUCGUGAAGAGCUGCGUCUACGGGGCCUUCGUGUGGUUCCUGGUCCGGAGGCUGCAGAGUUCGCCUGGGAAGUAGAAUCUCCUGGAAUCUUCUGGAAAGUAGAAUCUCUUGUAGCCUUUUUCUUCCGUUUUUGCUUACGAUGUAUGCAGUGUAGCUAGAAGAGCGUUUGGCCCAAAUAUCUGCAGUUUUCUUUGCUCCACAUUUGACUGGAGGCCAGCGGAUCUCCGUAGACC